AUAACCGCUCAGUAUCUUAUCUAUUUCUCACAUUUCUACACUCCGUCAUGGCGAUUGCGCACCUAGCCACCGAGUACGUGUUCUCAGACUUCUUGUUGAAUGACCCCACGGAGGCCAAGUAUAAAGGGGUGCGUCUGGAGCUCGCUGUGGACAAGAUAGUCACGUUUCUAGCCGUGGGGCUGCCUUUGUUCCUCAUCUCACUCGCUUUUGCUCAAGAGGUGUCCGUCGGUACCCAGAUCAGCUGUUUUGCGCCCAAUAACUUCUCUAUGAGACAGGCCACAUAUGUGGACUCAUUUUGUUGGGCAGCAGUACAGCAGCAAGCUGACGGCUCACCACUAUGGCUGCACAAGUUCUUCCCAUACAUCCUGCUCUCACUGGCCAUCCUCAUGUAUAUCCCAGCCCUGUUCUGGCGUUUCACUGCAGCUCCGCACCUCUCCUCUGACCUGAACUUCAUCAUGGAGGAGCUGGACCGCUUUUAUAAUCGUGCCAUCAGAAUGGCCAGGAAUCUAGCAUCCUUAGAUACCAAAGGUGCAUCUGCGGACACCCAGAGCGGUGCUUUGGAACUGACUGAGGGUUGCUCCAGAUACCCUUUAGUGGAGCAGUAUCUGAAGACCAAGCGCCUCUCUCACUGCCUUGUGGUCAAGUACCUAUUAUGUCGGGGCAUGACUCUGCUGAUCCUCCUGCUGGCCUGCAUCUACCUGGGCUACUACAUCCGACUGGCAUCUUUCACUGAUGAGUUUCCCUGUGACCUGCGUACAGGGGUGCUGAAGAAUAACAGCAUGGUGCCGUCGGCUGUGCAGUGUAAGCUCGUGGCAGUGGGUGUCUUCAGGCUGCUCAGUUACAUCAACUUGGGAGUAUAUGUGCUUCUUGCUCCGCUGGUGGUGUACGCUUCUCUUGGACCGGCUCGCCAGAGCUCCAGCUUCCUCCGGCCAUAUGAGCUGCUGCCGCGCUUUGGAUCUUUGAGUGUGGUCACGCCCUUCUACAACGACCUCAGUAUCUACCUGUUGUUCCUGCAGGAGAAUCUGAGCGAACUCAAAUCAUUUAAGUGUCUGCAGGUGCUUGAGUUGUUGCAAGAGGCUGGCGAUGAGGGGUUUGACACCAUGUGCCUGCUGCGAACUCUGGGUCAGGUGAAGACUGACGCGUUAGACAGUAAGAAGACAUGCUCACACAAGAUCUGCAAAGAAGACAAUAAAACCGAGGACAAUGAGCUCUUUCUGACUAGUUCUUGAAUGAUUGACCUGAAAAGGAUAAGCCCUGCUGUGAUGGAAGAGAACAAUGUGAGAAAAAACUGUACACUUAUCUGAAUUUCUGGUGGUGUAUUGACCUACAGCAGGUCAAUAAUCCAUAUAAAAAAAAGAGGAGGCCUAUAUCCAUUCACACAGUCUGCAGUUUGGCCAACAGACAUUUUACCUCUCAGGUGUCUUAUUUUUAGUAAAUGUGAAUACUCCAAGGACAAGUGUCUCAGGUCUGAGGCGAUCUGCUGCUGACCUCUUUCUCAGGAUCUUAAAUGCCUUCCAAAUAGAACUUAUAAUAUAAGCCACAUUCAUUGGACUGAAAUCUGUACAUUAAUUUUCCAGUCUCAAGAGCCCAUUUCCUGCCUUUUAUGUUAGAAUGAGAGACGUUUCUGAACACAGGGUUCAGAUGUAUUUGUAGUUGAUGUGGGGCAAUAAGAAGAUGUAGUGAUUGAUGAAAGUUUGUCCAUCCAAAGUGAGCAUAAAAUAAACAUGAAUGGAACCUCUGGAGCAGCUGUGUCUGGACUGUAAAGCAUGUGAUUAUUUACAUAUAAAUGUACUGUUAACAACAGCUGGUAUACCAUAUAUGCAUGUUGAAAGUAAAACAAGACCCUGGGUUGUCCAAACUGAUAGAUUGAUGGCAGCACUGCAUUUUACAUGAAAGAUAAGGUAGAGUAAAACCUGUGUGUGUGUAUAUAUGUAUAUAUAUAUAUAUAUUAUUGGAAUGUAUUUAUUUUAUUGUUACUUUUAAGGUGCUCACUGUGAACAGGAGACUUAGUGGAAUGGUGCACACUGAGAAAUCUGUGAAUGUAGAUUUUAUAUGUCGAAACUGGUGCAUGAAACUCUCAAAGGUAACAUGAAUUUUGAUUGGAUGUCAUUGUUAUAGUGACUUUCUAACAAUACAGCCAUAAUAUUGAACCAGCAUAACAGUAAUGUAUCUACUACCUAUUUUGUGUCAUGACUAUAACUUUAAUGCUGAUGCAAGUGGUUUUCAGAAUGAAAAAACACUGUUGAAAAAAUAACACAGUUUUUCUUUGUACUUUUUACAAAUGUGAAAUUCAUAAAUUGAA